AUGUCGUAUCGCUUGGUUGAGCCUCACCCCUCCGUCCCUCGCUCCAAUCAUCCGGCGAUUCACACAGCUCGCGGGGGUGCCGGCAACAUCAUGUCCCUCAAAAACACCUCUACAACCCCUGGCCAAUCGGCCACAGGCCCGGCCUCAUUGACACGACUAGACAGCCGCACGCAAGACCGCUUUACGACUGGGCGAGGUGGCAUUGGCAAUGUUCACACGGGUAGUGAGCGGGCCAUCUUCAGUUUCGACGAGGAGUUGGAACGUCAGCUGCGCCGCGAGAAAGAAGUUGCCCCUGUUUUCCAUGUGGGCAGGGGUGGUGCUGGAAACACUGCAAUUCCCGAUACCUUUGGAUUCUCUCGCAAAUACAGCGGGGGCAGCUCGAGGAGCAUAUCUAGCACCAAGUCUAGCGGUGCAGAUGUGGCUAAGCACAAGGCGAGAAGGAGUCUCGAGAUGCGAUGGGGCAAGUUCAUGAGCUACUCGUGA